AUGCAAUGUCCUAGAACCAGCACCAAGUCCUUCAAGCAGGCAUUCCUCAAGAACCUCCUCCUCAGCCUCCAGCUACAGGCACACCCGAACACGUCCUUUGGCGGCAGCACUAGCCUCCACGAGAGGAAGCGCGCCGUCAAGUCCUCCGUGGUCGUCGCUAUGGCGACUGCACACGGUGGUGGAGCGAGAUGGCCCAAGGCCAUCUUGGCUCCGGCGUCCAGAGCGUGCAAGGUACAGAUGUGCCGGAGGAUCGUGAGGAGGUGCCGCGGCUGCAAGAGGAGCUACGUUGCGGGGAGGCUCCUGAGGAGGAGGACCAUGGCGCUGAGGGAGGUGAUACCGGGAGGCCGGGACGCCACAGUCGACGAGGCCACCCUUCUCCGUGAGGCCAUGGACUACGCCGUUCACCUGCGUGCUCAGGUCGACGUGCUCCGCCAGCUCUCCGAAGCCGUGAAAAGAUCCAGCUCCAUGGCUCGGCUGUGA